AUGGUCCGCCUCUCGAUCCCCUCGAUCCCUGUCCGCCCACCGCGCCCCCCAACCGCCCUCGACCUCCUUUCCAUUUCCGCGGCGGGUGAACACCUCGCAUCCUUCCUCGCAAAGGGCAAGGGCCGGACACUCGCAAUCACGGGAGCUGGGGUGAGCGUCGACAGUGGGAUUAGGGCGUAUCGCGGCGAGGAGGGGCGGUAUUUGAACCCGAAUUACUCGCCCAUCUUCUACUCUGAACUCGUCGAGGACUCGCCGCGCGGCGAGCUGUUCAGGAAACGAUACUGGGGUCGCUCCUUCCUGGGCUACCCGCCCGUCCGAGAUGCCAAGCCUAACCCAACACACAUCUACAUCGCGGCGCUACAGGCUCUCGGCCUUGCGCCAGGUCUGAUCACACAAAAUGUCGAUAACCUACACAGCAAAGCCCUGCGUAUGGUACACGACGCGAUGCGGCGACACAACGUGGAGCCAUCAGCAACUCUACGGCCGCGUCUGCGCAUAGGCUCGUCCAUGUCCGAUCCCCACGUUAGCACCCCGCCUCCAACCACUAUCAGGAGCGCAGUAAACCCCAUCCUCGAGCUGCACGGCACACUAGCCCGCGUCCACUGCCUUCUACACGGGCACCAGCAGUCCCGCGACAACUGGCAGGACCAGCUCGCUGGCGGUAACCCCAUUUGGGCCUCUGAGGCUGCGUGGGCCGCGGACACAGGAAACAUGCCUCGCACCAACCCCGACGGUGACGUCGAGCUUCCCGGUGCGGACUACAACAACUUCAAUGUGCCCGAGUGCGAGGUCUGCGUCGCUGAAGGGAUAGACAAGUCCAUUGUCAAGCCCAAUGUCAUCUUCUUCGGCGAGACGCUGCCGCCCCCGGUGCGCGAUGAUUCCUUCGAGCUCGUCGAGGCCGCGUCCUCUCUCCUCGUGCUGGGGACUACACUUGCCACCUACUCGGCCUUCCGCCUCAUCAAGGCGGCGCGAGAACAGGGCAAGCCCGUGUUCAUGGUCUCGUUGGGCCCGUCGCGUGCCGACGACCUCGACGGCGUGGAGAAGAUGGAGCGUGUUGCCGGGCCUGUCCUCCGCGCCUUCCUCGACGAUUACUUGGCAACAAACUCUGGGCCCAAGGUCGAGGCCGUCAAGAGUAUCCUCGACGCAGGAAUCGUCGUCGAGCUUCCUAAGAAGGACGUCGUCUCCGCUGGGACCCCAGAGUCCAACCCCGGUGAGGAGGUGGCACGCCCAUAA